UUUUUCCGCUGCUCCAUCUUUCCACGUGCACUUGAGUCCGGCAAACCACGCGUUGUCCACCCGAUUUGUAUUUGACUUAAUCUUAAUCCGCUUCUUACUAAAACUCGAGAAACCGCUAAAAUGGCACAAAAGAAAGCCGUAGCUGCCAAGGGCAAGAAGGCCGCGAACAGGGUGGAGAAGCUGAGGGAAGAGGAGGAAAACGUGGUCGCCCAGUCGCCCUCCAAGAAGUCCAGAAAGCAGCCUGUGAAGGAAGUGCCGCCGUCAAGCGAGGAGGAGUCCGACGCAGAGGCCCAAAAUGACGAGCAAGUUGACGACAGCGACUCCGAGGCCGAAGAUUUACUUGACCACGAGGCUGAAGAAGAUGAAGAAGACGAUAGCGAAGAAGAAGAGGAUGAUGAGGAAGAUGUGGAACCUGGUGAAGUUUCCAAUAGCGCAGCCGCGGAGGAGGAAGAUGACUCCGACGAUGAUGAUGAGGCACCUGUUGAGGAACCAGUAUCCAAGAAGGGCAAGGACGCUAAGAAACCAGGAAAACCCAGCACUGACGAGGCGGACAAAAAGACUGGAAUUCCAAAAGUACGCUUCGGCAAGAUUCCUCCAGAAACUCCAAAAAAUGCAAUCAUAUAUGCCACAAACUUACCAAAAGAGUACAAGAACCAGGAGCUGAUAGCCUUGUUUGCCAAAUUUGGACCGAUCUCCGCAGUGAAUAAGUUUUCUUCUAAGAAUGGCAUUAAUUCAGUUCUUCUCGCCUUUGAUACGCCAGCUGCAGCGGAAGCUGUUCUGCAGGCCAAACCCAAGGCGCUGACCCUUGGAAACAAGGCUUUGAUCAUAUCCCAGCCGAAGGACAAAGAUGCUUUAAACGAACGCACUGUGGUGGUUAGCUUGUUUGGGCCCAAAGUCACCAUCGAGGAUCUGAAGGCCUUUUUCGAGAAGGUAGCUCCCGUGGAGUCUGUUACCUUAUCCGCUAACCGCCUAAACCCCAAAGCCUUUGUUCGUUUGGUAUCAGUCGACGAUAUCCCCAAGGUCCUAAAACUGCACAGCACCGAACUUUAUUCUCGCUUCAUCACAGUGCAACCAAUUUCUGCAAAAGCGUUGAAAACCGCUGAACUUACCCUGGUAGUCGAAAAUUUGGGCAAGCAUGAGUCCUACAGUGCCAACGCCCUGGAGAAGAUUUUUAAAAAGUUUGGGGAACUGGACAAUCUAGAUGUUGUGUGCAGCAAGACAGUUUUAGCCUUUGUGACGUUUAAGCAAGCAGAAGCCGCCACAAAAGCUCUGGACCAACUCCAGGGGAAGACUGUUAACAAUUUGGAGUUGAAACUGUUGCGCUUUGAGCGCAGCACCUCGGGAAAGACCAUUCUUGUGACUAACUUGACCACAGAUACCACCGAAGCCGACCUGCGGAAUGUGUUUAACGAGAGCGGAGAUAUCGAGAGCGUCCAGAUGCUAAAAAACAAGGCCGUAGUGAAGUUCACUACCGAUGACGCUUUCUGCAAAUCUUUUUUGAACAACGAAAAAAUCGUAAACAACGUUCCCAUUUUUAUUGAGCCGAACUCACUGCUAAAGCACAGAUUAUCUAGGAAACGCGCAGCUAUUGCGAAGUCCCACGCCCCCGCUAAGUUCCAGAAAAUUGGGAACAAUAAGUUCGGCAAAAAACCCUUUAACAAGCGCCCGGCACAUGAAAAUGGUGGCACCCCUUUCGUAAAGAGGGCAAAGUUCUAGAGCUUUGAAAUCUACUAAUAUUUAGUUUUAAGUUUUGCAGUACCACAAAUAUGGCCACAAUCCCUUUAACUCCAUACCACUGAUGUGAUGGAUUUAGUAGAUAAGAAAAUACCCUUAAAACUUGAACUGGAAAAAUACUAGCCGUAUUUUAAACGUAUGUUGACUUUUAUAAGCAUCAGACCUAAAACUAAAUAAAAGAGUCAAAAUGUAUCAACAAA